AACCAGAGGAGCACUUCUAAGCCAGGAACAUCUUCAGGAUGGACAUUUUCCUUCUCUGUGUGUUCCUGCCUCUGGUGACUGUGGCAUGGGGCCAGUACAGUGACUAUUACUACGGUCCCUAUAAUUAUGGAGAUAAUGAUGAAUGGGUCAAUGUGUACCGGCAAGGUUUCAACUUUCAGUGCCCACAUGGACAGGUGAUCGUGGCUGUCAGAAGUGUCUUCAGCAAGAAGGAAGGCUCUGACAGACUGUGGAACUAUGCCUGCAUGCCAGCAUCCCAGAGCCUCGGUGAGCCGACAGAGUGCUGGUGGGAAGAGAUCAACAGAGCAGGAACCGAAUGGUAUCAAACCUGCUCAAACAAUGGGCUGGUGGCUGGUUUCCAGAGUCAGUAUUUUCCAUCUGUGCUGGACCGUGAAUGGCAAUUUUACUGCUGCCGCUACAGCCGGAGAUGCCCGUAUUCCUGCUGGUUAACAACAGAAUAUCCAGGACACUAUGGAGAAGAUAUGGACAUGAUGAUGUACACUUACGACUAUUACAUCCGUGGAGCAACCACAACUUUCUCUGCUGUGCACAGGGAUCGUCAAUGGAAAUUUAUUGUCUGCAGGAUGACAGACUAUGACUGCCCAUUUCAAAAUGUUUAAAAAAAUUGAGUGUACUUCACUUGGAAAGCUUGGGGACAGACAGAUGAGGAUUAGUGAUUACAGGAGAAGGUCACUUAGGUUCACAAAAAGGUACCAAGACUCAUCUGCUGUCUGCUGAAGAUGUAGUUCUUUCCCUCUAGAGUUAAUACAUAAAAUGCCAACCCACAUGCUCACAACAGCGAAUUCAGAGGAUUCUUUCAAACUGCACUGACAGUUGUAACCACCAAUUAAAUUUGCUUAUGACAUACAUGUUUAUAAUACACAAAUCUAUGGCAUAGGCACAGUUACCUUUCUUAUAUAUACAUUUAGCCAUUCAAAACACAUACAACUUCCUUUCACAUAGCAGCUUUAUAAAAAUGGCUUCCCAGCACUGCCACUCCGAAUGAGGUGGAAACAUACUAUACACUUCUCAACAUACACUACACU